AGGAUGACUAAAAAAAGGAAACAUCAAGAAGAUUUCCAGAAAGUGAAAUUAAAAGUUGGGAAAAAAAAGCCUAAACUAGAGAAUGCAACUGAUACUACCUUCAAAACAAAGGCCAUACAAAUUCCUGAGCAGCUUAAAGAAGAUGGAGUGCUUCCAACGCAAAAUAGAAAACUUAACAUAAAGGAUCUGCUUUCACAGAUGCAUCACUAUAGUCCUGGGGUGAAGCAUAACGCGCUUCUUGGGCUCAAAGAUCUCCUGUCUCAGUAUCCAUUUGUAAUUGAUGCACACCUUUCAAGUAUAAUAAGUGAGGUGGCAGCUGUGUUUACAGACAAGGAUUCGGGUGUCAGAGGAGCAGCUGUUCACCUGCUGCAGUUCUUGGCUUCAAAAAUCAGAGCAGAACAGAUUGCUCCUUUUUUCCCUUUGGUAAGUGCCCAUCUCUCCAGUGCCAUGACUCAUAUCAGUGAGGGAAUUCAGGAAGAUUCGUUGAAAGUCUUGGACGUUUUAUUGGAAGCGUACCCAGCUCUUCUCACAGACCGCAGCAGUAUAUUGUUGAAGAAUUUUGUAGAGCUUAUUUCUCACCAGCAACUGUCAAAAAGACUGAAAAGCAGAGAGAAACUUUCCUGGAUGCUCUCUGUUAACCCGAAUCGCAGAGUGACUUCUCAGCAGUGGCGGUUGAAUGUACUGACCAGGCUCAAGAAAUUUCUCCAAGCGGUGGUCGAUGGAUCCACUGAAAUAGAGGAUGAGGGGCUGCAAGAACAAAAGGACAGCCCUCAUUCUGUGAGGAACCCAAUAUACGUAACGUGGAAGGUCCAUGCAAAUAAUCAGCAACAUAUACAGCUGUUUGAAAAUGGCGGCUUACGACCAAAGAUCAACUCGUCAUUUAGACUGAGGUCUCUGGCAAGUGUAAUGGACAGUGCAGAAAAAGGCCUGUCCUCGGCCGAAAACUUAAAAGGUUUUAUUGAGAUAAUAAUUCCAUUACUGAUUGAGUGCUGGAUUGAAGCAUCUCCUGCACAAUCAGCUCCCAUUCUUGGCAACCUUUUGGAAUCAGAAUCUCAGCAGCUUAUGCAGCAAGUGCUUAGUAUAAUACAUUUAUUGUGGAAACUCACAAAGCGACAUGAUGAAACGUACAAAAUGGAGCUGUGGCUUCGAAUGAAUUACCUUGUUGAUUUCAAGCACCACUUCAUGCGUCAUUUUCCUUAUUCUUUACAAGAAACAGUAAAGCACAAAAAGAAAGAUUCGUGCAAAGGCAACAAGUAUUGUAUGACAUCCUCAAACAGCGUAGACCAUCUUCUACUGAACUUAACCUUGUGUGACAUAAUGGUUUCACUAGCAAGCGCUUCAACGCUUCAGAUGGAUUCUGGUUGGCUGGACAUGAUAAGGAAAUUUGUGACAGAUACUCUUCAGGAUGGCAGCAAGCUCAAUAGCAAGCAGGUGAACAGGUUGCUGGGCGUGACUUGGAGACUCAUGCAAAUACAGCAGAACAAAG